AUGGAUGGAAUAGGAAAAACUACUUUGGCUCAACUGGUUUACAAUGAUACCAAAGUCAUGGCAAAAUUUGAGACUAGAGCAUGGGUGUGUGUUGCUAAAAAUUCUGACCCUGUUAAUGUUACAAGGACAAUAACAAGGGUAAUAGAUUUUCCUCCCUGUAACAUGGAUAACUUUGAUUCACUUCAGACUGAUUUGAAAAUGAAGUUGACAGGAAAGACAUUUUUAGUUGACUUAGAUGAUGUCUGGCAUGAUCAACAAGAAACAUGGGAGAAUUUUUUAAAACCUUUUCGAUAUGAGAGUAAUGGAAGUAAGAUUCUCCUUACAACCCGUAGUGAAAAGGUUGCUUCUGUAUUCGCAACUAACAAUCUACAUUAUCAACUAAGUUUAUUGUUGGAGGAAGAUUGUUGGUCGGUGUUUUUGAAGCAUUCAUCUAUUUCUACUAAUUCUAAACAAUAUACAACUCUAGAACUAAUUGGUAGAAAAAUUAUUGAAAAGUGUAAGGUUACCGUUGGCUGUGAAAACACUUGGAGGUUUAUUGCGCAAUAA